AUGUCACAAGAGAAGCCACUAAAUCCAAAUCAAAUAACAUCAUUGCACUUGUAUGACCUAGCUCAUUCCAAUGCAAUUUCUCCACUAUCACAAAACUACUCUGUUCUUUUCGAAAGACACAAUUUAAUCAAACAAAUCAACCUUCCUCCUUUAUUAACAUACAAGUUUUGUCAGGGUUGUGGGAAUUUAUGGAUUCCAGGGUUGACUGUAUCUAUUCGCAUAGCAUAUCCUAAGAAGAAGAAAGGGGAAAAUGUUGGCAAGAGGAGGUUGCGAUAUCGCUGUACAGUCUGUCGCCAUACAAGCUAUGAUGAUUCUCUAAUCCAAGAGAAAAACAAGAAAGUGGAGGAACCUGUGGGAGAAAAAGUCGAAUUCAAGGCGGAAUGGACACCAGACCAUACAAAUCAGGUCAAGCAGCCAUCCGUCAAGAAUGUCAAGUCAAAAGAUCGCGCCAAAAAGAGAAAACUUAAUCUAUCAUCGCUACUCAGUGAAAAGAAGAAACAGAAAACCGAAACGAAAAGUCUUAAUCUUAUGGAUUUCCUAAAGUAA